AUUAACUACUGUGUGACCACAAACAUUUCCUAACAGCUCAUCUUCAAUGUGUUCCUAAAAAAAAGAAGAAAAUUCAUAAAUAAAUAUCUUCCGGUUUAUGGUUCCGCUUCGACCAAUCAAACCUUAUGCCGUCGCGAGCAAUCCCGUCGCCGUCACCGGCGACCCAACCGUCGUCAACUCACCGUGACUCAACCACUCGCAUCUCCGCGCCGCUCAUAGCCGCCGGCGUGGGCCUCUCUCUCUUCUUCACCCUCUCCCUCUGUUUCUGCAAAUCCAACAACCGCAAACGCCGCUCCUCCGCCGCGGUGGUCUCCUCCUCCACGCCGCCUCAGAGACCUCCCCUCCAAGAAUUCUCCUACACCACUCUCCGGAGAGCCACCGCCUCCUUCUCCCCGGAGAACAAGCUAGGUCAAGGCGGAUUCGGCUCCGUGUUCCGCGGCGCCUUACCUUCCGGCGGCGGUAGCGUCGCCGUCAAGGUGAUGGACUCGGGAUCUCUCCAGGGAGAGAGGGAGUUUCAGAACGAGCUCUUCUUCGCCGGCAAACUCGAUUCCUCUUCUCCUCACGUGGUCUCCGUCGUCGGAUUCUCGCGCGACCUGAAACGGCGCCGUCUCGCUCUCGUCUACGAGAUGAUGGAGAACGGUAACCUCCAGGACGCGCUUCUCCGCCGCAAGGCCCCCGAGCUGAUGGAGUGGAAGCGGCGGUUCCUCGUGGCGGUCGACGUCGCGAGAGGGAUCGAGCAUCUCCACGGAUUGGAUCCGCCGGUGAUUCACGGCGAUUUGAAGCCGAGUAACGUUCUGUUGGAUCGCGGAUUCAAUGCUAAGAUCGCUGAUUUUGGUUUAGCGAGGUUGAAGUUAGAGCAAGUGGCGGUUACGGUGGGGCCCGAGAGUGAAUCUGUAGAGAGUGUGAUGACUAAUGGUACUGAGUAUGAUGUGGAGUCUAACUUUGGAUUAACUGAUCAGUCUCCGGUGAGUGUUUGUAAGGUUAAUGAGUCCCCGGUGCCUAUGACGUCACCGGAGACGACGAUGACGAGUGUCUCUGUUUCUCCAGAGAUGGAGGUGGUGAGAAGAAAUGGGAAGGAGAUUGAGAAUAAAGAUUGGUGGUGGAAGCAAGAAGGCAAUGGUGAUGGUGGUGGUGGUGGAGGAGGGAAUGUGAAGGACUAUGUGAGGCAGUGGAUUGGAUCUGAAGUGAAGAAGGAGUGGAUUGCUGAAACCUCUGAAGCAGCUUCGUUGUCGAGUGGCAAGAUGGAGAAGAAGAAGAGUAGCAAGAGACUAGAGUGGUGGCUCUCGUUAGAUGAGGAUAAGAAGAAGAAGAGAGAAUGGUGGAAGGAUGAGUAUCGGAAAGAGUUAGCUAAGAGAGUGAGGAAGAAGAAGAAGAAGAAGAAGAAUACUUUGGAGUCUGAGUUUCAAAGCGAUGAUGUGAGUAGCAGUAACAGUAUUACAAGCAGCAGCAUAGAUUGGUGGUUAGACGGGUUAACCGGUGAGCAGUGGAGAGCGCGGCGGAAAAACAGCCGCGAUUCAGCUAAGAGCUGCGGGGUGAGUAGCACGCCGAGCAUGAGAGGGACGAUGUGUUACGUUGCUCCGGAGUGUUGUGGUGCUAACAACAUAGACGACGUUUCUGAGAAGUGUGAUGUGUAUAGCUACGGAGUUCUGCUGUUAGUCCUGGUCUCGGGACGGCGUCCCCUGGAUGUGUCGGGACCGGCGUCUGAGAUCAUACAGCGCGCGAAUCUCAUGUCGUGGGCGCGGAAACUCGCCAGGAGAGGUAGACUCGGCGAUCUGGUUGAUGAGAAGCUGCGGUUUUUGGAUCAGGAACAAGCGGUUUUGUGCAUUAAGGUGGCGCUUCAGUGUCUGCAGAGAUCACCGGUCUCGCGACCUUCUAUGAAAGAUGUUUUAGGGAUGCUUACAGGAGCGAUGAGCCCACCGGAGUUGCCUAGAGAGUUCUCACCAUCGCCGCAGUCUCAGUUCCCGUUCAAAACACGAAGGAAGCAGCGUCGAUAAAGCGUUUUUCGGUUUUGGUGAUAGAGAACUUUACUGGUAUAUUAUUUAUUGACUUAGAACAUGUGUUUGAUGUCUUGUUUCUGUAGUUACAUGUUUGCGAUGUACGGUACAACACUGUCUUUGUCAGUAUUGUUUAGUGUUAAGCCACUGUCUUAGCUCUGCUGUUC